UGCACAUGCUAGCAUACUGCAAACGCUACCAACGUUUUCACCUUUCUCAUUCAUUAUAAUUAUUUGAAUGAAACAUGGAGAAGGACUCGAGAGUUGUAAAGACAUCCGCGCCCUCCGUGUCUCAGAUAAAUGCUGAAUAUGUCACUCAGCUCUCAAAUAAAUUCUGGGCACCUCAUGUGAAGAAUAAACUCCCAUUUGAGUCUCAGAUCAUUGAAGACAUCUAUCAGAAUGAGAUUCUUAAAUCAAAAUUUGCUAUCCGAAAAAUUAUGUUGCUGGAAUUCAGUCAGUACCUUGAGAAUUACCUGUGGGUGAACUACACACCUACAGCUUCAACUAACAGCUACCUGAUGUCCAUCUGCUGUAUCAUCAAUGAGAAGUUUCGGGAGAAUGUCCCCGCCUGGGAGGUAUUUAAGAAAAGACCUGAACACUUCCCUCAUUUCUUCAAGUGUGUGAUAGAAGCGUGUCUGUCGGGCGAGCAGUUUGGUCUGUCUCUAAAGGAACAAACAGUGCUGCUGCUCUUCCUCGAUCACUGCUUCAACAGUCUGGAAGUGGAUCUGAUCCGUGAGCAGGUGCAGAAGCUGGUGUCUUUGCCCAUGUGGAUGUGUCUACUGCCAACUAGACUGCAGCAGGAAUUGAAGAAAGUCCCAAAGCUGCAGAAGUUCUGGAACCUCAUCAAGAAGAACUAUGAGAAGAUGGACACACAGGAUAUGGAACUAGCUAAAAAGGAGCGCACCUUCCUCGCUGCUCUCAUAAAGAAAUUUCUUGUGGUUCUGAUGUCCAUCCCAGCAUCAGGCUCCGUCUCCAUGGAGAAAGUUCACUACUGUGAGAGAUUCAUCGAGUUCAUGAUUGACCUGGAGGCUCUGCUCCCAACCCGUCGCUGGUUCAACACAGUAUUGGAUGAUGCUCAUCUAGUGGUGAACUGUCAGCUGUCUUACCUCACACACAGAGAGAAAGAGGGUCACCUGUUCUGUCAGCUGCUGGACAUGUUGAAGUUCUACACUGGCUUUGAGAUCAAUGAUCAGACAGGAACUGCUCUCACGCAGAAAGAGAUGACCACCCUUCACUAUGACAAAAUCAUCUCACUACAGAGAGCAACGUUUGCUCAUUUUCCUGAGCUGAAUGAUUUUGCUCUGUCUAAUGUGGCAGCCGUGGACACUCGCGAGUCUCUCACCAAACACUUCGGCCAUCUCAGUUCUAACACACUCCAGCGGAUUUCAGCAUACCUGUGUCUCCUUCCUGAGCUGCCCGACGGAGAAGAGACCACCUACGAUAAAGAAUUCCUGUUGGAAUUGCUGGUGUCUCACCAUGAGAGGCGAAUCUCUCAGAUCGAGCAGCUCAAUCAGAUGCCUCUGUACCCCACUGAGAAGAUCAUCUGGGAUGAGAACAUAGUUCCCACUGAGUACUAUUCAGGAGAAGGUUGUUUGGCUCUUCCAAAGCUGAACCUGCAGUUUCUCACCCUGCACGAUUAUCUGUUGAGGAACUUCAAUCUCUUUCGUCUGGAGUCUACCUAUGAGAUCCGUCAGGACAUCGAGGAUGUCGUGUUACGAAUGAAGCCAUGGCAGUCAGAGUAUGGAGGAGUGGUGUUUGGAGGGUGGGCUAGAAUGGCACAGACCAUCGUAUCAUUUUCUAUCGUGGAGGUGGCAAAGCCGAAAAUCGGAGAGAACUGGCCUGCCCGUGUGCGUGCUGAUGUCACCAUUAACCUUAACGUCCGGGAUCACAUCAAAAAUGAAUGGGAGGGACUGCGGAAACACGACGUGUGCUUCCUGAUCACGGUUCGGCCCAACCUGCUGUAUGGCACACGCUUUGACCGCCGGCAGCCGUUUGUGGAUCAGGCUGGUCUGGUAUAUGUCAGAGGAUGUGAGGUGCAGGGCAUGCUGGAUGAUAAAGGACGAGUCAUAGAGGAUGGUCCUGAUCCAAAGCCCAAGCUGAGAGGUAACACCAGAACAAUCCGGGUGUGGCUCGACCCAAACCAGUACCAGCAGGACAUGACCAACAGCAUCCAGAACGGAGAAGAAGAUCCCUACGAGACCUUCAACGUCAUCAUGAGACGCAAACCCAAAGAAAACAACUUCAAGGCCGUGCUGGAGACGAUUCGUAACCUCAUGAACACGGAGUGUGUGGUACCUGACUGGCUUCAUGACAUCAUUCUGGGAUAUGGAGAUCCAGGAAGUGCCCAUUACUCAAAGAUGCCCAAUCAAAUUUCCUCUCUGGAUUUCAAUGACACCUUCCUGUCCAUCGAGCACCUGAAGUCCUGUUUCCCCAAUCACACGGUGAAGGUCACAGAGGAAGACCCCGCUCGGCAGGUCCCGCCUUUCAGAAUUAAAUUCCCUGUGCAGAAUGUGAAGGGGAAAAAGCGUAAAGUGAACGAAGAAGAGGUUCAGGAUAAGGAAGAUCUCACACUGGUGUUGGAGCCUCACGUGAUUCCUAACAGGGGGCCGUAUCCAUACAACCAGCCCAAAAGGAACACCAUCCAGUUUACCCCGACUCAGAUCGAAGCCAUUCGUGCAGGGAUGCAGCCGGGCCUUACUAUGGUUGUUGGUCCUCCAGGAACAGGAAAAACAGAUGUGGCUGUUCAGAUCAUCUCUAACUUGUACCACAAUUUUCCCGAGCAGAGGACACUGAUUGUCACACACUCUAAUCAGGCUCUGAAUCAGCUGUUUGAGAAGAUCAUGGCUCUAGACAUCGAUGAACGCCAUCUUCUGCGUUUGGGUCAUGGAGAAGAGGAGCUGGAAACGGAGAAAGAUUUCAGCAGGUAUGGAAGAGUGAACUAUGUUCUAUCUCGGCGUCUGGAGCUCCUGCGCGAGGUGGCUCGUCUACAGGAGAGUCUGGAUGUUCCUGGAGAUGUGUCCUACACCUGUGAGACUGCCGGACACUUCUACCUCUAUCAGGUUAUGUCUCGCUGGGAGGAGUACAUGAGUAAAGUGAAGCCGAAGCCCGAUGGAGAGGUGCAGACAGAGGAGGUAGCAACACACUUCCCCUUCCAUAAGUACUUCUCCAACGCACCUCAGCCAGUGUUCAAAGGCCAGUCAUACCAGGAGGACAUGGACAUAGCGGAGGGCUGCUACCGGCACAUCCGCAAGAUCUUUACACAGCUUGAGGAAUUCAGGGCAUUUGAGCUGUUGCGCAGCGGUCUGGACAGAUCCAAAUAUCUGCUGGUGAAGGAAGCAAAGAUCAUCGCCAUGACCUGCACACACGCCGCCCUCAAACGGCACGAUUUGGUGGAGCUGGGCUUCAAGUAUGAUAAUAUCCUGAUGGAGGAAGCUGCUCAGAUCCUGGAGAUUGAAACUUUCAUUCCUCUACUGCUGCAGAACCCGGAGGAUGGCUACAGUCGUCUCAAGCGCUGGAUUAUGAUUGGUGAUCACCAUCAGCUGCCCCCUGUCAUUAAGAACAUGGCCUUUCAGAAAUACUCCAACAUGGAGCAGUCGCUUUUCACACGCUUUGUGCGUCUGGGCGUACCGACUGUAGACCUGGAUGCCCAGGGCAGAGCACGCGCCAGUCUGUGUAACCUGUAUAACUGGCGUUAUAAGCAGCUGGGGAACCUGCCUCACGUUCAGCUCCAGCCAGAGUUCCAGGCGCCAAACCCCGGAUUCACAUACGACUUUCAGCUCAUUAACGUGGAAGACUUUAAUGGCGUGGGUGAAUCGGAACCCAAUCCAUACUUUUAUCAGAAUCUGGCAGAAGCGGAGUAUUCAGUGGCUCUGUACAUGUACAUGCGUCUGCUGGGAUAUCCCGCUGAGCGCAUCAGUAUACUCACCACUUACAACGGGCAGAAACAUCUCAUCCGUGAUGUCAUCAACCAGAGAUGUGCCAACAACUCAUUCUUUGGGCAGCCCAAUAAAGUGACGACAGUAGACAGGUUCCAGGGUCAACAGAAUGAUUACAUCAUCCUCUCUCUUGUCCGUACUAAAGCUGUGGGACACUUGAGAGAUGUGCGGCGUCUGGUUGUGGCGAUGUCCCGUUCGAGACUCGGGCUCUAUAUAUUUGCACGAGUGUCCCUUUUCCAGAACUGCUUCGAGCUUACACCGGCCUUUAACCAGCUGACCGCUCGACCCCUGCAGCUGCACAUCAGACCGCAUGAGUGCUACACCUCUACGGAGCAGCGUUCCACCCAGCCUGAUCAGGUGGUUAAGGACAUGCCAGAGAUGGCUAAUCUGGUGUAUAACAUGUACAUGCACAUGAUUCAGAAUACACAGCAGUACAGACAACAGCACCUCCUGAAUCCCCCUCGUCAGGUGCAGGAGGCUGAGGAGCCCAUGGAGGCUGAUGAUGGGGGUACUGAGACUCCGAGUCAGAGUGAGCAGACGGCUGGUGCUGGGGAAGAGGAGGGUGAGAAGAAGAAGCAGGACCGCGGUGAUGAGGAGGAGGAGACUGAAGAGCACGCUAAAAUGCCUGAACAUCCGGGCAGAGACAGUGACAGCGGGGACAGCGAUGAGGAUGAACCCUAGAAAGUCCGUCUGCCCUCGCGUCUCAUUCCCCAAAUGUAUUUGUUUACUUGUGUUUUUAGAUUAUUAAAAUAUAGGGCUUUGGAAUGUUAAUUUACCUUUUGUAAGAGAAUGACAUUUUGUAAUAAAAUAAAAUCAGUCUUGAGGUUGUGCAUUCAUUUUCUGAACUACAGCGGCACUUUUUAUUGUUUUAAUUUUUUAGAAUUUCCUUUGCAAAAAUCCUCACAAAAAUACAAAGUUCUGUUCAUGCCACAAAUUUGACACUCAUUGCCACAAAUCUAUUGCCAGAGGUGUUGUGCUCUGAAUUAAGAGUUUUGCGCAAAGCUCCUAUACAUGUGAAAAUAACGAGUAGCAAAGUUGCUGCAUGUUUGCCAGAACUCUAGGUUUUGUAAAAUAACUGUUUAUUUGCAGCACAAGCUGGUUCCUAGUAAACAGUUCUGUGGCGAAUCUUUUGCAAAUAUCUGCCACUACUGGAAAAAGGUUAUAUGGCAAACCUUUGGCCAAUAUCUUCCACUACUGGCUAGCAGUUCUGCUGCAAACCUUUGGCAAAUAUUAGCCACUAGUGGCAAACAGUUCUUUAGCAAAUAUCUGCCACUAGUAGCAAACAGUUCAGUGGCAAAACUUUGGCAUAUAUCUGCCACUACUGGUAAAACGUUUUUUUGGCAAACCUUUGGCAAAUAUCUGCCACUACUGACAAACAGUUCUGCGGCAAACCUUUGGCAAAUAUUAGCCACUAGUGGCAAACAGUUCAGUGGCAAAACUUUGGCAUAUAUCUGCCACUACUGGAAAAACGUUUUUUGGCAAAUAUCUGCCACUACUGACAAACAGUUCUGCGGCAAACCUUUGGCAAAUAUCUUCCACAACUGGCAAAUGUUUGGCAAAUAUCUGCCACUACUGGCUAACAGUUCUGCGGCAAACCUUUGGCAAAUAUUAGCCACUACUGGCAAACUGUUCUUUGGCAAAUAUCUGCCACUACUGGCUAACAGUUCUGCUGCAAACCUUUCGCAAAUAUUAGCCACUACUGGGAAAAAAUGUGAUAUGGCGAACCUUUUGCCACUACUGGCAAACAGUUCUGCGGUAAACCUUUAGCAAAUAUCUGCCACUACUAUGAAACAAUUCUGCAGAGAACCUUUGACAAAUAUCUGCUGCUACUGGCAAACAGUUCUGUGGAAAAAAUUUGCUACUGCUGGUAAACAGUUCUGUAUUAAACCCUUGGCAAAUAACUGCCACUUCUGGCAACUGUUCUGCCACUACUUAGUUGUGCAAACCUGUGGCAACAAUGGACAA